AUGAACUCCGAGCCCUCUGCCAUCAGCCGGACGGUGCCAGUUGGCGAUGACCUGGAGGCCAAUCGUACCCCUCAUUGGCCAGACCAGACGAAGAAUGAUGGCAACGACGACGGCCCCAAUGUCGAAGUUGCGGCUUCUGUCAAGCGCACGAAAGGCAUACCUUCAAGGUGGUACAGGAAAGUGCUUGAUGCUGGCGUCGAAGAAAACGGGAUCCUGCCGGUGCCACCAGAAGAACGGACCCAGACCCAACACAGCAACCUGUUCACAGUAUUCUUCACAUGUCUCCUUUGCGUUCUACCGUUGCCUACCGGAGCCCUUGGCACGACCGUGUAUGGUCUUAAGCUUCGAGACGUUUCUCUGAUCAUCCUCUUCUUCAACUUCGUGACAUGUAUUCCGCCAGCGAUCAUGGGAAUUGGAGGGUACCAGACUGGUAUGCGGCAGAUGAUCCAGGCUCGAUACUCCUUCGGGCUGUAUUUUGUUGUCAUUCCAAUCCUCCUGAGCGCGGGAACGGCGACUGGAUUCACACUCAUGGGAACCAUCGUUAGCGGACAGGCCAUUGCAGCCUUAAACGAGAAGGCUGCAAUCAGCGUCAAUGUGGGAAUCGGCAUUGUCUGCGCAAUCAGCUUCGUGGCAGCGCUACUUGGAUAUCGAGCCAUCCACGCCUGGCAGCGAUGGCAGUGGCUUCCAAACUUGAUUGCCAUUGCCAUCGCAGCUGGCUGCGGAGGCAAGCAGCUCAUGCAACAGGUCGAGCAUGAACCAGCAACGGCCAAGGGCGUCAUUGGGUAUGGAAGCUUGAUGGCCGGAUACUUCAUGACCUUUGGCGGGACUGUGUCCGACUUCACCAUUUAUCAUGAUCCCAAAGAGCCUAAGCGCAAGGUAUUCACGUAUGUGUACCUGGGGCUGUCGACGCCUGCAACGCCUCUUCUCAUACUCGGGGCAGCCAUUGGCGGUGCUAUCCCUAACAACGAGUCGUGGCAGAUGGCGUGGGAUGUCUAUGGGGUCGGCGGUGUGCUGGCCGAGAUGCUUGCGCCGGCUGGCGGAUUUGGAAAGUUCGUUCUGGUCGUCCUUGCAUUGAGUGUCGUCGGGAACACGCUGAACUCCAUGUACUCGGUGGCCUUGUGCUUGCAGAUGCUCCUCCCAGUCUUCACCAAGGUACCUCGCUUCUUUUUCAUCAUUGUCACCAUGGCAAUCAUGAUUCCCAUGGCAAUCUAUGCGGCUGCCGAAUGGACAACUUCGCUUGAGAAUUUCCUCAGCGUCAUCGGGUACUGGGCAGGAUGCUUCGACGCCGUCAUGAUCGAGGAGCUUGUGGUUUUCCGGAAGAGAGAUUACAGCUCGUACGACCUAGAAAUAUGGAACAAGGGGCGAUAUCUUCCCACGGGGUUGGCAGCCAUGGGUGCCUCGUUGGUCAGCCUCGGGCUAGUCAUACCAUCGAUGGACACGCCAUGGUUCACUGGACCCAUAGGAGAACGAAUCGGGGAUCUAGGUUUCGAGGCGGCGUUCGUCGUCACGGGGCUCGCAUACUAUCCACUGCGGAGCUUGGAAAUCAAGUGGACGGGUCGUGUCUGA